AUGGCGACAGUAGCUAGGCAUCUUCCGGCCCGUCGCAACCCUCUGAUGCUCGAGGAUGUGCCCUCCCACACAGAUCUUGCAAGCCGUCGCCGCUUGGGGCAGACUCAACUGACCCCUCGCAUGGUCACCGCUGUUCCGGGCGCUGAGGUUGAUCCGUCGUCUCUCCUGGCGUUCGACUACGCCCACCUCAGAGCCCCUUUGCCCAAGGGUAUCGUCUCGGGCAUCUUCAAGUCUUCUCCUCCCAGCUACUUCCUCAUGCGCCGCAGCCAGGAUGGUUACAUCUCGGCUACCGGCAUGUUCAAGGCCACUUUCCCAUAUGCGUCGACAGAAGAGGAGGAAGCGGAGCGCAAAUACAUCAAGUCUCUUGCCAGCACGAGCCCCGAGGAGACCGCCGGCAAUGUCUGGAUUCCCCCUGAGCAGGCUUUGAUCCUCGCCGAGGAGUACCAGAUCACCCCCUGGAUCCGAGCCCUUCUCGACCCCUCAGAUAUCGCCGUCACAACCACCGACAGCAGCGCGCCCAAGCAGAUUGCUCCUCCUCCCAAGUUCUUCGGAGCUCAGCCUCCUCUUGUUGCUCCCACACCGCCUACGACUCGCAGCACGCGCAGCCGUCCUAGCAGUCGCCGUUCCUGCAGCCCUGGCAAGGCUACAACCAGCAGCAAACGCGGCACCACCCCUCGCAACACCACGCGCAAGGUUACCGCUGAAGCUUCUGCCACCACGGUUACCACUACUGCCACCGCUACCGCUGUCCCUGCCACAGAGACUCCCGCCACCAGCUUCGCCGACUCCCAGGCACCUACGCUCAUCAAUGGCGAGAUUCCUACCUCUACCCCGAUCAACACAGUUCCAGUUACCAAGAUCCAAACUGCCGAAGCAGAGCUCAAGGUGGAGUCGGUCGAGAGGGAGCCUGUCGUUGUGCUGGAGCCUAUCGAGGAGGAGCCAAAGAUCAAGGUGCGCAUUGAUGAGGAUGUCAAGCUGGAUAAGGAUGGCGAGGAGGUCAAGCAUACCAAGGUUGAGCUUGAGGUGCCCUUAAUGGCGGGUGAACCCCCGUCUAAGGAGGAGGCGAGGAAGAUGAUCGAGGAGGCCAAGGCUAUGGUUGAGGCUGCCGUCAAGGCCGAUGCUGAGGCCGCGGCUGCCCUUAUUGAGGGCUCCAAGGCCGAUGUUGAGGAUGAACAGGCUGAAGGCGAGGCUGAGGCCGAGACCAAGGCUACCGAGGAAGAGAAGGCCGAUAGCAAGGGCAAGCGCAAGGCGGAGAAGAUUAGCGUCGAUGAGGAUGAGAAGGCUGCGGGUGAGGCUGAACAACCUCGGCGAGCCAAGAGGGUGAAGACCGAGGCAGAGUUGCGCAAGGAUAGAAUCCGGAAGCGCGCCUACCUCGGUCUCACCGCCACGUUUGCCGUAGGAGCUCUUGGUGCCCUUCUUCCCAUAAUCACACCGUAUGUGGCCAACGUACUAUAA